CAGGAACUCUGUCAUCAUGGAGAAGGAGUGCUUUAUUCGUACAAUGGAAGCUCUCCUUCCAGAGCUUGCUAUCAAAGAAGUUGUCACUGAUGCCCACCCACAGAUCAGUGCAUUGUUGAAUCCAGAGCGUGGUAAAUACAAAGCAUGGGGGAUCCAACACUCAUUGGAUAUAUGGCAUGCAGCUAAAAGUCUAAGCAAGAAGCUUCGACGGGUAUGAUUCACACUAUUUGUACCUUUUGUAAUAGACACAUCUUGUCCACUUAAUAUUAGGUUGGGAUAUUAGGUUGGGUUAGUUUGGCGCUGAAUAUUGAUGAUUUAUGUGUUACUCUUGUGUGCCCCACGUACGGGACGAGCACUCUUGGGCAACUGGGUGCUGUCAGCACGAGCCACUGGAGGAAGGCAGCCAGGAGAAGCCAUGGAUCAAACAAGGUUCUGCCGCUCACAAGGCAUUGGCUGGAGUUGUGCUCGACAAGCGAUGGUUGGGCCUGGUGAAAACGUUCUUGAACUUCAGGACCACAUCUGAUUUGGAGUCCUUCCAAAAUCACCUCCUCAUGUACUCAUCCAAGCGGCACGCCUACACACCAUUUGUCUACAAGACAAGGACACUACUGGCUGCCAUUGACUACAACAAGCACAAUGGGCGCCUUCCUGCACGCAACCUGGAUGGUCGAAAAAUCUACAGACGCUCAUACAACAAGAAGUCAAAGAGCUGGAGUGUCCACACCAUGAAGGAAAAGAAGCAGUACAGCUACAUUCCUGACCUUCAGAGGGCAAUUCUGGCAAGGAGGCUGGGAAGUUGCAAAGGCCUUCCCCGCAAGCAGACUUUGAGGUCUGCUGACCCAAGGAGCCUUGGUUUGCUGGCACCGGAACAGCCACCACCUACAGCUAAACUUGUAAGCAUACAUGUGUCCCGUGGGGACUUGGGCCACAGAGACACAGAGGACCUGGAGGACUGA